ACUGCCUGCUUCAGACUUCACUUCAUUGCUUCUGGGGAUCCAAGAGGGGAAAAAAAAAAUGAAGAUUUUGUUGCUGGGUAUUUUUUUGUUUUUACAUAGUAGCACAGCCUGGGCAAAAGAUAAGCAUUAUUACAUUGGAAUUAUUGAAACAACUUGGAACUAUGCCUCUGACAAUGAAGUAAGGAAACUUAUUUCAGUUGACAUGGAACAUUCCAAUAUCUAUCUUCAAAAUGGCCCUGAUAGAAUUGGGCGAAUAUACAAGAAAGCCCUUUAUCUUCAAUACACAGAUGAAACCUUUCAUAAGGUGAUAGAAAAACCUGUGUGGCUGGGGUUUUUAGGCCCUAUUAUCAAAGCAGAAACUGGAGACACCAUUUAUGUUCACUUAAAAAACUUUGCCUCUAGGCCCUACACUUUUCAUGCACAUGGCCUAACUUAUUAUAAGGAACAUGAGGGGGCCAUCUACCCUGAUAACACCACGGAUGUUCAUAAAGCAGAUGACAAAGUAUAUCCGGGUGAGCAGUAUAAAUACAUAUUACAUGCUACCCAGGAACAAAGCCCUGGUGAGGAAGACAGCAAUUGCGUGACCAGAAUUUACCACUCCCACAUUGAUGCUCCAAGAGAUAUUGCCUCAGGACUCAUCGGACCUUUAAUACUCUGUAAAAAAGAUUCUUUGGAUAAUGAAAAAGAAAAAAAUAUUGACGAAGAAUUUGUAGUGAUGUUUUCUGUGGUGGAUGAAAACCUCAGCUGGUACCUAGAUGACAACAUUCAAACCUACUGCUCUGAACCAGAGAAAGUUGAAAAAGACAACGAAGACUUCCAGGAGAGUAACAGAAUGCAUUCUGUGAAUGGAUAUGCUUUUGGAAGUCUCCUAGGACUGUCCAUGUGUGCAGAGGACAGAGUGAAAUGGUAUCUGUUUGGUAUGGGUAAUGAAAUUGAUGUGCACGCAGCUUUCUUCCAUGGCCAAACAUUAACUAACAAGAACUACCGUGUGGAUACAAUCAAUCUCUUCCCUGCAACGUUUUCUGAGGUUUUUAUGGUGGCCCAGAACCCUGGAGAAUGGAUGCUUAACUGUCAGAAUCUAAACCAUCUGAAAGCUGGUUUGCAGGCCUUUUUCUGGGUACAAGACUGUAAGAAGCCUUCAUCAGAGGACAGUACCCAUAGGAAACAAAUUAGACACUACUAUAUUGCUGCUGAGGAAAUCAUCUGGAACUAUGCACCGUCUGGCAUAGACACCUACACCACAGAAAGCUUAACAGCUCCUGGAAGCGCUUCAGAGGUAUUCUUUGAACAUGGUCCUACCAGAAUUGGAAGCUCUUAUAAAAAGCUGGUUUAUCGUGAGUACACAGAUGCCUCCUUCACAAAUCGAAAGGAAAGAGGCCCUGACGAGGAACAUCUUGGCAUCCUGGGUCCUGUCAUUUGGGCAGAGGUGGGAGACAUCAUCAGAGUGACCUUUCAUAAUAAAGGAGCAUAUCCCCUCAGCAUUGAGCCAACUGGGGUGAGAGUCAAUAAGAGUAAUGAGGGCACAUACUAUGCCUUUCAGUACGACCCCAAGAGUGGAAGUAUGCCUCCUCCUUCAGCCUCCUAUGUGGCACCCAAAGAAACAUUCACCUAUGAAUGGUCUGUUCCCAAAGAAGUGGGACCCACUUACAAAGACCCUAUCUGUCUAUCUAAGAUGUAUUAUUCUGCUGUGGAUCCCACCAAAGAUAUAUUCACUGGGCUUAUUGGGCCAUUGAAAAUAUGCAGGAAAGGAAGCUUACAUGCAAAUGGGAAACAGAAAGAUGUACACAAGGAGUUCUAUUUGUUCCCCACAGUGUUUGAUGAGAAUGAGAGUUUACUCUUGGAUGAUAAUAUUAAAACAUUUACAACUGCACCCGAUCAGGUGAACAAGGAAGAUGCAGACUUUCAGGAAUCUAAUAAGAUGCACUCCAUAAAUGGAUUUAUGUACGGGAAUCAGCCUGGCCUCAAUAUGUGCAAAGGAGAUAGGGUCACAUGGUACUUAUUCAGUGCUGGAAAUGAGGCCGAUGUACAUGGGAUUUACUUUUCAGGAAACACGUAUCUGUCAAGAGAAGAAAGAAGAGACACAGCAAACCUCUUCCCUCAUACAAGUCUCACACUCACCAUGGAGCCUGAUAAUGAAGGGACUUUUAAUAUUGAAUGCCUCACAACUGAUCACUACACCGGUGGCAUGAAGCAAAGAUACACUGUGAACAAAUGCAGGCAGCCACCUGAGAAUCCAAACUUAUACCUGGGAGAGAAGACCUACUACAUUGCUGCGGUGGAGGUGGAAUGGGAUUACUCUCCAAGUAGAGAAUGGGAAAAGGAGCUGCAUCGUUUACAAGAGCAAAAUGUUUCAGAUAAUGCAUUCUUAGAUAAGCAAGAACUUUACAUAGGCUCAAAGUACAAGAAAGUUGUGUAUCGGCAAUACACUGAUGGCACGUUCCAAGUCCCAGUGGAGAGAACAGCUGAAGAAGAACACCUGGGAAUUCUAGGUCCACAACUUCAUGCGGAUGUUGGAGACAAAGUUAAUAUUAUCUUCAAAAACAUGGCCACAAGGCCCUAUUCAAUACAUGCCCAUGGGGUGAAAACAAAGGGUUCUACAGUUACUCCAGCCUUACCAGGUGAAAUUCGCACUUACAUAUGGAAAAUCCCAGAAAGAUCUGGAGCUGGAAGAGAGGAUUCUGCUUGCAUUCCAUGGGCAUACUAUUCAACUGUGGAUCAAGUUAAGGAUCUCUAUAGUGGAUUAAUUGGCCCACUGAUUGUUUGUCGGAGGCACUACAUCAAAGUAUACAAUCCCAUAAAGAUACUGGAAUUUUCCCUUCUGUUUUUAGUAUUUGAUGAGAAUGAAUCUUGGUACUUAGAUGACAACAUCAAAACAUACUCUGAUCAUCCUGAGAAAGUAAAAAAAGAUGAUGACGAAUUCAUAGAAAGCAAUAAAAUGCACGCUAUUAAUGGAAGAAUGUUUGGGAACCUGAAAGGCCUCACAAUGCAUGUGGGAGAUGAAGUCAACUGGUAUCUGAUGGGAAUGGGCAAUGAAAUAGACUUGCACUCGGUGCAUUUCCAUGGCCACAGCUUCCGAUACCAGCACAUGGGCAUUUAUAGUUCUGAUGUCUUUGACGUUUUCCCUGGGACAUACCAAACAGUAAAAAUGUUUCCGACAACACUUGGAACCUGGUUACUGCACUGCCACGUAACUGACCACAUUCAUGCUGGAAUGGAAACUACUUACACCGUUCUACCAAAUCAAGAGACCAAGUCUGGCUGAAAGCAAUAAAUUGGUGAUAAGUGAAAAAAAAUAAUUCAUUAUAAUGUCUGUGAAAGUGUUGACCAGAAUGGUUACUUUGGAAUGGCUAUAUGCAUUGAAAAGACUGAAAACAUGUACUUUCAUGCAUUUGUGGGAAAACUGUGUUACACUGUUUCACGUGAAAAGAUCAAAAGACUAUUAUAUGUGGCUGACUCUAAUAUACUAGGUUUUGUAAUUGAUUCAUGUAGGCUAUUCAUAUCACCAUCAUUGGGGCUUCACAAAACUGUAUUUAAAAGAAAAAUCUAUGACCAGAUGUUGUCCUGGAUGGUCCUCAAAGAAUCGCUAUUUAAGAUUUGUUGAAAUGUUUCCAACCAUUGGAUUCCCCAUCAAUCUCUCUAAUGUGCUGCUGACAUCAUUUCUAAUGAACCAGUGGAAGUAGGGAUACAGGAAGUAAAAUUAAAAAGAAAAUACAAUAAAAUAAAGUUAUAAAUAAUGACAUAAAAGUAAAAUAAACGUAAAAAUAAAUGUUAAAAAUAAAAUUUAAAAAUUCCAGAUCUGAGGGGUUUUUUUGUAAAUUUUAUUGUUGUUCAAAUACAGUUGUUCCAAUUUUUUCCCCAUUGCUCUCCCCUGCCCGACCCAUCCCACCCCACCAGCUCCCACAGUCAAUCCCCACCCUGUUGUCCAUGUCCAUGGGUCCUUUAUACAUGUUCCUUGACUUGCCCCUUCCCCAUCUUUCCCCCAUUAUUCCCCUCUGGUCACUGUCAGUUUGUUCCUUAUAUACAUGUCUCUGGUUCUCUUUUGCCCAUUUGUUUUGUUUACUAGGUUCCACUUGUAGGUGAGACCAUAUGGUAUUUGUCUUUCACUGCCUGGCCUGUUUCGCUCAACAUAAUACCCUCCAGUUCCAUCCAUGCUCUUGCAAAGGAUAGGAGUUCCUUCUUUCUUUCUGCUGAAUUAUGUAAAUGCACCAGUUUUUAGAUCCACUCAUUCACUGAUGGGAUCUUAGGCUCUUUCCAGCACUUGGCUAUUGUAAAUAACUGCUAUGAACUUUG